AAUAGAAAACAAACAAACCAGUUAUUCCCCUGUUUCACUGGAGGGCGCUAACACAAAGCACCAGGUGGUCAGGGAACAACUUGAGAAAGGAGGAGGCCAUUCACCAGCCUGUUUUAGCUACACACACCUAGCUACUGCUAGCUAGCCGGCGGCUAACGAGCAAGCUAAAACAUCAGUUUGUCUUAAUGCCGCCUGUCUUACCAAGUGAUGGCAGGAGAACAGUGUUCCCAAACGGAAGCUGAACUGUAUUACCUCAUUGCCAGAUUUCUGCAGUCUGGACCUUGUAAAAAAGCAGCACAGGUUCUGGUGGAGGAGCUGGAGCAGUAUGAGUUGGUCCCUGAACGAUGGAGUUGGGACGGAAAGAAAUACAAACGGACCUUCCAAGACUGGGUGAUUUUGAACCAGCACAUUCCUGCAGACUAUCUGCUCCAUGUUUGCCAGCGGAUAGGUCCGCUUAUAGAGAAGGAGAUCCCACCUAGUGUCCCUGGAGUCCAGACUCUUCUGGGGCUGGGAAGACAGUCCUUGCUUCGUACCACCAAAAGUUGUAGCCACAAAGUAUGCAGUGGCUCAGCUGUUGCUGCACUCCACAGAGGACGUCCACCAGAACCUCCAGUCAGCAAUGGACAUCCUCCCAAUGUUGUGUCCAUCAUGGGUGCUCGCCGGACCACAGGCACAGCUCGCUUUGGCCAGACCCUGCCGUCUUCCUCCUACCAACACAUGAAGAUACACAAACGUAUUCUUGGCCACCUUUCUUCAGUCUACUGUGUAGCCUUUGACCGCACCGGCCGUCGGAUAUUUACGGGUUCUGAUGACUGCCUGGUGAAAAUCUGGGCUACAGAUGACGGCCGGCUCUUGGCAACACUCCGCGGCCACUCAGCAGAGAUCUGUGACAUGGCCGUCAACCAUGAGAACAGCCUCAUCGCCUCUGCAAGCUGUGACAAAACCAUCAGACUUUGGUGCCUGCGUACCUGUGCACCCAUCACUGUUCUACAGGCCCAUGGUGCCUCCAUCACAUCCAUCCAGUUUUGUCCUGCUGUGAAAGGGACGAUGCGGUACCUGGCCUCCACUGGUGCAGACGGCAUGGUUUGUUUCUGGAAAUGGCACGCGCCCACCAUGAAAUUCCACGAUCAACCAGUCAAGUUUGUUGAGCGGUCACGUCCAGGAGUCCAGGUCUCCACUUCCUCCUUCAGUAGUGGUGGUAUGUUCAUGGCUACCGGUGGUACGGAUCAUUUGAUCAGAGUCUACUACCUGGGUGGUGAAACACCUGUGAAAGUCUCUGAGAUGGACGCACACACGGAUAAAGUUGUAGUCGUCCAGUUUAGCAAUAACAGUGACAGCUUAAGGUUUGUGAGUGGCAGUCGCGAUGGCACAGCCAGGAUCUGGCAUUACCAGCAGCAAGAGUGGAAGAGCGUCACUUUAGAUAUCGCUACCAGGCUGCCUGGGAGUACUGUCGCCAACGGGGAUGAUAAAACCAAGCUGGUGGUGACCAUGGUGGCCUGGGACCGUGCAGAUAGGACGGUCAUCACGGCAGUGUCAAACUACCUGCUCAAAGUGUGGAGCACAACCUCUGGGCAGCUGCUGCACGUUUUAUCUGGUCAUGAUGAUGAGGUGUUUGUGCUGGAGGCUCACCCAUUUGACUCCCGCAUCAUGCUAUCUGCCGGUCACGAUGGCAACAUUUACAUGUGGGACCUGACCAAAGGAGCCAAGAUCCGCAACUUCUUCAACAUGAUUGAAGGGCAAGGCCACGGUGCUAUUUUUGACUGCAAGUUUUCAACUGAUGGGCAGCAUUUCGCCUGCACUGACUCCCACGGCCAUUUGCUCGUCUUUGGCUUCGGCUGCAGCAGACCAUAUGAGAAGAUUCCCGACCAGAUGUUCUUCCACACGGACUACCGACCUCUUAUUCGUGACGCAAAUAACUACGUGCUGGACGAGCAGACGCAGCAAGCCCCUCACCUCAUGCCUCCACCCUUCCUCGUGGACGUUGAUGGAAAUCCUCACCCUCCUCACUACCAGCGCCUGGUGCCGGGAAGAGAGAACUGCAAAGAGGAUCAGCUAGUACCGCAGCUAGGAUACAUGGCUAACAGUGAUGGAGAGUUGGUUGAGCAGGUUCUUGGCCAGCAAACUGCAGAAAACAGAGAAAGCCUAUUGGACAAUCUUAUCAGACAGUUGCAGAAUGAGCAGGAUGCACUUCAGAUUGCAGAUGAGCCGGCUGAAGAGGCUGGUGAUGAAGCAGAGGUGGAAGUCUCUGAACCGGCUGCUGAACCACGCAGGAGUGGGCAGGUGGACGGAGUUUGGCAGAUGCAGCAUAAUGCUCUGCGUAGUCAAGUGGCCACCGAGAGGGACCUGCUGGCCUGGAGCCACAGAGUGAUGGUCAGUGAAGUGCCACAAGGGAUAUCCAGAGUUCUGGUGGAGUGCAGACAAGCCAAAGGCGACAUGGAGUGUUCUCUGUACAACGCAGAGAGGAAGAAGAAACCAGUAACCGGCCCACCGAAGAGCGACCUGCUGACGACACGCCUGCGCUCGCUGCGACCCACCAAGAAGAAGCAGCAGCGCCACGCCUACCAGACCCGCUCGGCUCAAGUCCGCCGUCCUGGGAGCAGGAGUCGAACUUCCAGUAAUCGACGUAACUCUGACAGCCAGAUAGACUCGGACAGUGAUGGAAACGUGGCAGCAGAGGCUGAUCAAAGUGAAGCCUCCUCUGAUGGUGAAACUCAGUGGCAGAGUGAAAGCAGCUCCAGUGACUCCUCCAGUGAAUAUUCUGAUUGGACAGCCGACGCUGGGAUAAACCUGCAGCCGCCAAAACGACCUAGCAGGAGGCCCGUACAGCCCAAAGGUUACAGCAGCUCUGAGGACGAGGAAGGAGAUGGCAAGGCAAAGGAGGCCAAGAAGAGGGACAGUGAGAAGAGGAAGAAGCCCAAAGAGACCAAACGGAAACCAACGUCGUCUCUGGCUGGCCUCGAUGCGGAGGAGUGGCUUCCACCAUCGUGGAUCAUGGAGACCAUCCCACACCGCUCUCCUUUUGUUCCACAAAUGGGAGAUGAGCUCAUCUACUUCAAACAAGGCCACCAGGCCUACGUCCGGGCGGUCCGCAGGGCCAAGGCCUACAGCAUCAACCCUCAGAAACAGCCGUGGAACCGACUCGACCUCAGGGACCAGGAAUCUGUGAAGGUGGUUGGCAUUAAAUAUGAAGUGGGACCUCCCACCCUCUGCUGCUUAAAACUGGCAUUCUUGGACCCAGUCUCAGGGAAGAUGACAAACGAGUCUUUCUCCUUAAAGUAUCAUGACAUGCCUGACGUCAUAGACUUCCUGGUGCUGCAGCAGUUUUACAACGAAGCUAAAGAGCACAACUGGCAGCCAGGUAUGAGGUUUCGCAGCAUCAUUGAUGACGCCUGGUGGUUCGGCUCCGUGGAGGCUCAGGAGCCGCUGCAGCCAGAGUAUCCAGACAGCCUGUUUCAGUGCUACGCAGUGAAGUGGGAUAAUGGUGAGCAGGAGAAGAUGAGUCCCUGGGACAUGGAGCCUAUUCCUGAGGAAGCGGCGCUGCCUGAGCAGAUUGGCGAUGGCGUGGAGGUGGCGGAGGAGGAGCAGAAGGCUCUGCUCUACACGCCUCAGGAAGGAGAAUGGGGCUCUCACACACGAGACGAAGACUGCGAGAGAGUCAACCACGGGAUCGAUCAGCUUCUUACACUGGAUGUAGCCAAGGCGUUCGCGUCUCCAGUGAGUCUCCGGGACUACCCUCUGUACUGCACCGCGGUGGCUUACCCCACCGACCUCAGCACCAUCCGCAAACGACUGGAGAACCGCUUCUACAGGCGGAUCUCUGCAUUAAUGUGGGAGGUGCGCUACAUUGAACACAACGCCCGCACUUUCAACGAGCCUCAGAGCCCCAUUGUAGCAACUGCCAAGGUGGUGACUGACGUUCUUCUGCACUACAUCGGGGACCAGAGCUGCACAGACAUCUUGGAUCUGUACCGCAAACUGAAGUCUGAGAACGUCAGCGGAGGAGAAGCUGAGGCUGAUCUGGAUGUGGACUCUGACACUCCAGGCACGUCUACAGGACACCGGGGAGCUGACCCAAACUCCAAGAAGCGUGGUGUGGUUUUGGAUGUGACUUUCUGGCGAGGUCAAUGCAAAGAGCUGCUGCGUCGAAUGAUAACGUCACGAGAUUCAGAGCCCUUCAGGCAGCCGGUGGACCUCUUUGAGUAUCCGGACUAUCGGAACAUCAUUGACACUCCCAUGGAUCUGGCUACGGUGUCAGAGACGCUGGUUGCAGGGAAUUAUGAAAGCCCGAUGGAGUUCGCCAAAGACGUGCGCCUCAUUUUCAGCAACUCCAAAGCAUACACACCCAACAAGAAAUCACAGAUCUACACCAUGACCCUCAGCUUGUCGGCCUUCUUUGAAAAAAACAUCAUCGCAAUCAUGUCCGACCACAAGUCUGCUGUUCAGAACGAGCGGCGGACUCGUCAGAGGCUCAGCUACAGGAACAGGAUGCACAACGGAGGCAGCUCCCCGCCUGCUAGCCCAUCCCCCAGCCCAAAAGGAAAGCACAAGUCGGGGAAGGUGUCAAAGCCAAAAAAAUCCCAGACCUCAUCAAAGAAUCGUUCUCAGAGAUCACGUAAGGCUCAGCAAAGCAGCAGUGUAGCAGAUGAGGAAGACCUCCAGCCUUCUUCUCCAAGUUCAGGGACAAGCAGCGAGAGCAGAAACCAAGAACCGCAUCGGGUGACCCGCAGCCAGUCAACUCCAGUGAAGAAGUCAGGGCACCAGCGUAGUCUGCGUCUCAGUAACGGCUCACGACAACGCCGCGGGAAAGAAGCACCGCCGUCGGGCGCCGAUGAUGAUGAUGACGACGAUGAAGAUGAUGAGGAGGAGGAGGCGGCAGCGUCGAGAUCCAACAGGUCCUCAUCUGACUCAUCUUCCAGCUCGUCAUCAUCAUCUUCUUCCUCGUCGUCGUCAGACAGCGAGAACAGCUCUGAGUCUGAGAUGGAGAAGUUUGUGGAGGGAGGAGAUCACGACUACAGCAAAGCUCCCUGCCUCUCAGCACGCACCUCCUCCAAGGGGAAGGAGGCCGCCUCAGGAAAAAGGAGACACAAAGGAGGAGAGGACACAGCACAAAGACCUAAAAGAGCACGAGUGCAGCUGCCGGUAAAGGAGGAAGAGGAGGAGGAGGAAGAGGAGGAGGAUGAUGACGACGAUGAUGAUGAAGAAGAGGAGGAGCAGGAAGAGGAGGAAGGGGAGGAGGAGCAGCAGCAGCAGCCAGUGGAUGUCAGACAAGCAGAGGAUGAAGGACAGGAAGAGGAUGAAGAGGAAGAAGAGCCAGAGGAGGAGGAGGAACCUGAAGAAGAAGAAGAAGAGGAGGAGGAGGAGGAGGAGGAGCAGAGAGGAGCUGCAGCAGCCAGCAGUCCCAGGAGCAGCCAGUGCAGCAAGUCUCGGCGGGUCAAUACACGCAACCAGGGCCGCAGGACAGUUCUGUACCGGGACGAGUCUGAGGACGACGGCCACGGGUCGAAGGAGGACCCGCUCAACCUGGGCAUGUCCCGCUCAGGACGGGUCCGCCGCAUGACGGAGAAGGCCCGGGUCAGCCACCUGAUGGGCUGGGGCCACUGACCCCGCCCCUUUACAAACCUCAAUAAAAAAACUGUCUAAUAUGACUUCAGGGAUUUUUUUUUCUUUCUUUUUUGUACAAGUGUAUAUAUAAUAUAUAUAUAUAUAUGGUUUUUCUUCUUAUCUGAGACUGCUUAUGACUCUCUAAUUGAUAGCUGGUGCUCAUGAUGUGUUGCCAAGGAGUUUUCCAUCCUGGUCGACAGAGCCACUGUUCAACUCUCCAACUGGACUAACUCACCUCGGCCUUACUGCUCGCUGGAGGAUCCUUUCACCAUGCGGCACUGCUCCUCCUCCUCCUCCUCCUCUUCCUCGGUCUCCUGUGUGUUUCACCUCCAGUUCUAAACACUAUGUCUCCUCCUCUCAACCCUCCCUUGAGUUUUCUUCCUCCUGGUCACCAAAGAAGGAUGCAGAGAUGCCAAAAAAAUGGUGCUCAUAUUUAAUUUCUGUUUUUUCUCUCAAAAAGUAAUUUAACAAAACUUUUCAUGCUCGUGGUCACUGGUUCAGUAUCACUGAUGUCAACUAUUUUGGUACUUCCUCACAAACACAAGCCUUAGUUUUCAGAGCUCACAUCGUUUAAAUUUAGUACUCUCUGUGGCUCGAGUCUGUGUGGUUUGGGUACUAGCAAUACAUAGGGAUCAGUAGAACACAGCUCCAUAGUAAUACUGCAGCUCCUCGUCUGACACUUUGGCGUCCAUGAAUGUUAAAUGUUUUUCCUGCUUCCCUUUUGUUGGUGUGGACUGUUUUUUGGCUCUUCAAUUCUGUCAUUGGGUUAGAAUCGGUUGCUUUUAUUGUUUUUAUUUUAUUUUUUUCAGGGUAAAAAGUGAUUUUCUGGGGUAAAAAAGCCACUACAUCCUGUUUUGUAUUUGUUGUGCUCCCUGGUGGAUCAGAGCUGCAUCUCUUCAAAAUUGCUUCCAUCAAAUCUCCUCCACCCAGCAUGUUUAAGGAGUCCCUGCCGUACUCUCUUACACAGAAAUAUUUAUUUUUCCAUUGUAUUAUACUGAGGUUACUUUAACUAUUCCGUACGUUAAUAGCGACAAGGAAGGUGAAAUAUUUGCACAUUUAUCUACUCCACGUGGCAGCUGAGUUAUAAAGAUAUUCUAGAAAGAAAAAUUGAUUUUUGUGUAAGAAUGUUUAAACUGUGCCAGCACACAUCCAGUCCUUUUUGUUUAGUUUUUUUUUUUUUU